AUGUCUGCCGGCGGAGAAGUGUUGGAGCGGAUGGUGGUGUCGGCGGAAAUGAGCGGCAACGGUGCUGCUGCAGCUGUUCCUUCCUCAACCACCUCCUCUACAGCUGCCGCCGCCACGAGCACCGUGACCGAAGGAGGAGGAGGAGGCGGCGGGGAUGAUGAGGAAGAGUGGCUGUAUGGGGAUGAAAAUGAAGCUGCAGGGCCCGAUGAUGAUGAAGAGGAUAUAACAAGCUCUCAUCCAGUAACCAGUGUUGAAGCUGAAACUACUGAAAAUGGUGUUGCAAAACCGGUGACAGAGACCGAAGAUGACAGUGACAGUGAUAGUGAUGAUGAUGAUGACGAUGUUCAUGUUACUAUUGGAGAUAUUAAAACAGCACCUCAGUAUGGGAGCUAUGGUACUGCCCCUGUUAACUUGAACAUUAAAACUGGAGGUAGAAUUUAUGGACCAGCCGGUGGGAAGGUCAAAGGAGUAGAUUUGGAUGCCCCAGGCAGUAUUAAUGGUGUUCCUCUAGUGGAGGUGGACUUGGAUUCCUUUGAGGACAAGCCUUGGAGAAAACCAGGUGCUGACCUUUCAGAUUACUUCAAUUAUGGUUUUAAUGAAGACACUUGGAAGGCGUACUGUGAAAAACAGAAGCGAAGAGACUACGGAUGGGCCUAGAAGCGCUCCCAGUCUCUUCAACUACAAAUAAAAUUACAGUACAGCAGGGCAGAACUGGAAACUCAGAGAAAGAGACUGUGUUACAGACGACAAAGCCAGAGUUCACAUCCCCCACAACGUUAUUUAAAUCUAAUGUUGCACCUCCCAGUAGAAAACUCUCAGGUACAAUUGAUGUUAUUGGACAAACAACCACCAUCACACGUGUUGAAGGGCGGCGGCGAGGUGCUAAUGAAAGCAAUAUCCAGGUAGUUACAGAGCAGUCUCCUUCAGAAGUGGAUAAUUUCAUUAAGCCGCCUCCACCAUUUUUCCCUCCUGGUGCUCCUCCCACUCAUCUCCCACCACCUCCAUUAUUCCCACCUCCCCCAAAUGUCAGCACUGCCCCUCCACUAAUCCCUCCACCAGGAUCUGGAUUGCAGCUAUCUUUCUCCAUGCAAAAACCAUCUAGAUAUGGAAUACCGAUCACAGUGCCGCCACCAGGUUUUCCUCCUCCUCAUGGCGGACCACCACCAUCACUGAUACCAACCAUAGAGAGUGGUCAUUCGUCUGGGUAUGAUGGACGGUCAACGCCUGCUUUCCCUUAUGGUAGUGUGUCUUUCCCACACAUGCCUGGUUCUGGCGGACCAUGGUCGAGUAUGGUAGAGACAUCCAAACCUUGGGACUACUAUCCUCGAAGAGAUAAAGAUAGAGACCGUGACAGAGAUCGCGAACGUGAAAGGGAUCGCGAUAGGGAACGAGAACGAGAGCGUCCACGGGAAAGGGAUCGAGAAAGAGAGAGAGAUCGUGAUCAUAGUCCCAGUGUGGGAGCCUACAACAGUGAAGAAGAACGAUACCGGUAUAAGGAGUAUGCGGAUAGAACAGAAAGGGGCUAUGAGCGCCAUAGGGAGAGGAUCAGCAGAGAGAAGGAAGAACGGCAUAGGGAAAGGAGGCAUCGAGAAAAGGAAGAGUCCUCACGCCACAAAUCAUCCAGAAGCAGCAGGCGGCGCCAUGACAGUGAAGAAGGUGACAGUCACAGGAGACACAAGCACAAAAAAUCCAAGCGAAGCAAGGAAGGGAAAGAUGCGGGAAGCGAGCCUGCCCCCGAACCUGAGAGUGUUGAGGCAUCUGCUGAUUAA